GAUGAUCUCCUGAAAUUCUCAAGUUUAAGCAAUUCCGAAUGGCCCUAUUGCCAACUCUCAAGAUGGAGUUCAGGUCGUUUUACCCGAAUUAUCCGCAUCAGCAAAAAUGAUCUCUGCUUUCCUCGCCGGUGGGUAGCAGUGCAACCUUCUCCCGCACGAAGUUCUCUCGUGUUAACUGCAUGGAAACGGAACGGUCAGACAGAAUCACUUACCCCGCCCAAAAAUAGACACCCUGGGUGUAAAGUAUUGAUAGAAGCAAUCUCUUCUUUAAUCGGUAGAGUAACGAAAUCAGGGUCGUGUGCUACAAUCGCGAUUUGGCGAUCAAGCUAAUUGAGUUGGAUCGUUGAUCCGCAAUGCGAUUUUAAAAGGGAAUAUAUGCGUUGCUCUAACUAGAGGGGGCAAAAAAAAAAAAAAAAAA